CUUUUCGUCAAGUGGGAAGGUGGUUUAUUUUUCUUGCUUUUUGGAGUCAACACCCUUCCCCACCAGCCCUUAUCCCCACCCUCACCCCGCAACCCCUUCACGCCCCCCUCCCCCUCCCCACUCCCCAUCCUCCCACCAGCCUCUAAAAGAGGCAAAGGGAUUUUUUUUUUUCUUUUGGUCUUCUUUUUUCCCCCUUCCCUGUUUAUCCUGAAAAGGAUCUGAAGCCAGCUUGAAGGAUAAAAAGCCUUGGUGCUGCCCAGGAGCCGAGCCGAGCAGCAGAAGAGGAAGAGCCGGGGGCUGCCGUUGCCUUUGGAGAUGGACGAGCAGCCCAGGCUGAUGCAUUCCCAUGCUGGGGUCGGGAUGGCCGGGCACCCCGGCCUGUCCCAGCACUUGCAGGAUGGGGCCGGAGGGACCGAGGGGGAGGGCGGGAGGAAGCAGGACAUUGGAGACAUUUUACAGCAAAUUAUGACCAUCACAGACCAGAGUUUGGAUGAGGCGCAGGCCAGAAAACAUGCUUUAAACUGCCACAGAAUGAAGCCUGCCUUGUUUAAUGUGUUGUGUGAAAUCAAAGAAAAAACAGUCUUGAGUAUCCGGGGAGCCCAGGAGGAGGAGCCGACAGACCCCCAGCUGAUGCGACUGGACAACAUGCUGCUGGCAGAGGGGGUGGCGGGCCCCGAGAAGGGUGGUGGUUCAGCAGCGGCAGCAGCGGCAGCGGCGGCUUCGGGGGGCGCGGGCUCCGACAACUCAGUGGAGCACUCCGACUACAGAGCCAAGUUGUCCCAGAUCAGACAGAUCUACCACACGGAGCUGGAGAAGUACGAGCAGGCAUGCAACGAGUUUACCACCCAUGUGAUGAACCUCCUGCGGGAGCAGAGCCGGACCAGGCCCAUCUCCCCAAAGGAGAUUGAGCGGAUGGUCAGCAUCAUUCACCGCAAGUUCAGCUCCAUCCAGAUGCAGCUCAAGCAGAGCACAUGCGAGGCCGUCAUGAUCCUGCGCUCCCGGUUUCUGGAUGCGCGGCGGAAGAGACGGAACUUCAACAAGCAAGCGACGGAAAUCCUGAAUGAAUAUUUCUAUUCCCAUCUCAGCAACCCUUAUCCCAGUGAGGAAGCCAAAGAGGAGCUAGCCAAGAAGUGUGGCAUCACAGUGUCCCAGGUAUCAAACUGGUUUGGAAAUAAGCGAAUCCGGUACAAGAAGAACAUAGGUAAAUUUCAAGAGGAAGCCAAUAUUUAUGCUGCCAAAACGGCUGUCACUGCUACCAAUGUGUCAGCCCAUGGAAGCCAAGCUAACUCACCCUCGACUCCUAACUCAGCUGGUUCUUCCAGUUCUUUUAACAUGUCAAACUCUGGAGAUUUGUUCAUGGGCGUGCAGUCACUCAAUGGGGACUCUUACCAAGGGGCCCAGGUUGGAGCCAACGUGCAGUCACAGGUGGAUACCCUUCGCCAUGUUAUCAGCCAGACAGGAGGAUACAGUGACGGACUCGCAGCCAGUCAGAUGUACAGUCCGCAGGGCAUCAGUGCUAAUGGAGGUUGGCAGGAUGCUACUACCCCUUCAUCAGUGACCUCCCCUACAGAAGGCCCUGGCAGUGUUCACUCUGAUACCUCCAACUGAUCUCCCAGCAAUCGCAUCCCGGCUGACCCUGUGCCCCAGUCGGGACAGGGCCAGGAGGGAGGGUUUCUCUCCCAACGCUGAAGCGGUCAGACUGGAGGUCGAAGCAAUCAGCAAACACAAUAAGAGUCUCCUUCUCUUCUCUUCUUUGGGAUGCUAUUUCAGCCAAUCUGGACACUUCUUUAUACUCUCUUCCCUUUUUUUUCUGGGUAGAAGCCACCCUUCCCUGCCUCCAGCUGUCAGCCUGGUGUCCGCCAUCUUUCCUGCCCCCUCCCCCCUCUGUCCUAGACUCCCUGGGUCCCUGCCCUCAAUGACAUCACAGAAGGGUAUUUUCAACAAUUAGAGGAAUUUAAAGAGGAAAGAAAAUACAAAGAAAAUAAUAAACGUGUUUGUAUGUUUUCAUGCUGGUGGUUUGAGGAGCCAAAUUUACCUCACUCGGAUCUCUCGCUCCCUCUAUUAACAGGCAGCCCUUCUCUUGUUUCUCUUACUCUCACUACCUCUUAGCAGGAAUGCGCCACGUUGCCCCACUCAUUCCAGGCCCCCUGCCCCCUCUUGCUGCUCCCUCCCUGGGCUGGUUCUGCUUAGAACCCUUCCUCCUCUUCCUUCCCAGCCCCAGCUGUGCCCCGGGGACUGCCGUAGCUGGGCUUCUAAAGGUGCCACGUUUUCCGGUCUCAGGUCCGCUAGGUUGAUCCCCAGGCAGGAAGUCGAGCAGCAGGAGAGGACGUAAGCAACAAGAAGGGCAGAAUUCUUAGAGGCUUCCUCCUCUUCCUCCUAACAGCUCUUGGUUUCAGAGGCACAGUCUUUGGAGACCACGUCACACAUAGUAAGCAAUGUCCUGAACCUACUGCAAAGCCAGAUCUGAGUGGGCAUGGUGAUGAAUAAACCACUAAGGAGUAGAAGGUUCUUAUCCUGCAACCCUUCAACUAAACCUUCUCACACACAUACACACACACACACACACACACGUGUAUGU